GCUUGGUGCGCACGCGCAGCAAUGUCAUUGGAAUUUGUCUGGAGUGUAUGUUCCGUAAACGUGUAUUAAUCUGAUUUCGUGAAAUUGUUACGAAGACAUAAUUCAGUUGCACAAUGGCGGGUAAAUCCAUCCAAGACCUUUCAACACCUGCCUUCACAGUUGACCUUGUAAAGGUGAAGAAAAAUGCCCAUGUGAUGUUGGAGCAGUUCCGGGAGCUUGGUGUACAGCUGCGUCCUCACAUGAAAACCCAUAAAACUUUAGAAUGUGCAGACAUCAUGACCGCCGGCACUCGUCGCUGCAUUGUGGUGUCCACUCUAGCCGAGGCGUUCUUCUACGCCGACCACGGCUUUGAUGACAUCCUGUAUGCCUACCCCCUGCCGUUUGAUAAAGUGGCGCGCUGUGCAGACCUCUCAGAGCGCCUCACGCUGUUCCAUGUGCUGGUGGACAACAGCGCUGCCCUGGAGGAGCUGAAGAAGUGGCCCCUGAAGAAGGGAAAAAACUGGCACCUGUGGCUGAAGCUGGACUGUGCAAAUGGGAGAGCUGGAGUUCCCCACUCAGAACCAGCUGCCCUGCAGCUCGCCGAGGCUAUAUCUGAAAGUCCAGGUGUGGAGCUGACUGGGGUCUAUGCCCACUGUGGGAACACCUACAGCUGCUGUGGGGAAGAAGAAAUCAAGGCUGUUGCUCAGGAAACUACAACUUUCACCCUGAAAUUCAUGGAGAAACUGCAGGCAAAUGGAAUUCACUGUUCCAAGUCCAGCAUUGGAUCCACCCCUUCCUGCAGCCACCCAAUCCCUGACAUGGCAUUGCUUAGUGAGGUGCAUCCUGGGAACUAUGUAUUCUAUGAUGUCCAGCAGUCAAUGAUUGGUUCCUGUAAGCUGGAGGAUGUGGCUGUCAGGGUGAUCACCAGGGUUAUAGGCCACUACCCUCACAGGAACCAGCUGUUGGUGGACUGUGGCUGGACUGGACUGAGUCUCGACAGUGGUGGCCGUCUACCCACCGGGUAUGCAAUCAUCGAGGGUCACCCUGAUCUGAAGUUGCUGUCUAUGACUCAAGAGCAUGGAAGGAUAGAACCCAUCCUUCCUGGGAAACUAGACUAUGAGAAAUUUCCACUUGGCUCCCUCCUCUCUCUCAUUCCAUACCACCUGGGUGACAUGCCAGUAAAGUUACAGGUAAAGAAUAAAAAAUGGAAACACGGGAAGGCAAUCGCGGGACUGGCUUGUCAAACCGGUGGCUGAAGCUCAGGUGUGGGUCCGUGUACCUUCUGUUUAUUACAUUUUCUUUUGUGAAACAAAAAUCAGAAAACUAAUUUCGGGACCUUUUAAAAAGUGUAAUUGUAAAUGGGGAUACCAAAGUGUUUUCUGACACAAAAUGACAUUUUUUGAAAAGGGCUUUAUUCACAAUUUUCAUUUCUGUUUGUUGCCCUGAUCCAGAAAAAAAGGUGAACCAUUUUUCUAGUAGCAUGCACCGUAUUUGGCCAUUGUGCAGGGAAAAUGGCUUUGGGUGGCCUGUCAUAAUUUGGGCAGUUUUUUUGAGGCUUUUUUAAACUAAGCUAAUCAUUCACAUUCAUUUACUUCACUUACGGCCACCAUGUGUUUUAUCUUUGAAGGCUUAAUAGACCUAUUGAGCAUGAUAAAGAACUAUGGCGCUGAACGUGCUGUUUGUGUUUGCAAGCGUGCGCAUGCAUGCUCCUUUUCAUACACGCAGAACACGUCACACACAGGCAUAUAGCUCAAUUUAAUAAUAAAAGCUGACUUCCAGUGAAAUUAAUAUUAACAAGCUUAUGCAUGCAGUGAUGGGAAUGGCCACCAAGGCUAGACUAAUCCCCCCACCCCACCCCCAGCCAGAAUGGUGCUGUACUCACAAAGAGUUUACAAUUCAUGAGACUACGAUUAAGACUAAGAAAAGAGGGCUAAUUGGUUAAUCAAAUAGUUACAGUCAGAUCGAGUUGGCCUACGACUUUAAUUUACUGUAUGUGAGUUCACAGCCAAGUGACUUCGCUUGACCAGAUAGGGUCAUCUUAUUUCAUAGCCUACAUCAGUUCAAUAGCCUCCUGUAUCGGUAGUACAUUAAUCAUACUUUAUGUAGUUUUAUUUUAAAACAUUUUUUUCAAGAUUGGGUGUAUUGGCUGGUCUCAAAUCUGGCAUCUCUCUUUUUAAAAUCCAUAGGACUCCAUGUCCAGGCCUGCUUACUACUGCUAAUCUAGCACCAAAACAUCUUAAAAUAAUACAUACAGUAAUAAAGUUCCUAAUAAAGUGCUCAGUAAGUGUAUAUUGUGUAGUAUUCCAAUAUGCACUCACCGGGCACUUUAUUAGGAACAUUUUUACUUUAUUACACCUACUUAUUCAUGCGAUUAUCUUAUCAGCCAAUUGUGUGGCAGCAGUGCAAUGCAUACAGUCAUGUAGAUAUAGGUCCGGAGCUUCAGUUAAUGUUCACAUACAAAAAUAAGUAUAAUAAAUACCUAAUAAAGUGCUCACUGAGUGCGCACAGUGAUGAUGCGCCCUGUGUAUUUCAUCCACUCACACGGGGUGGUUGUGUUU